AUGGUCAACAAAGUUUAUGAAAGUUUUUUCAAAGAUCACUUUCCUGCAAGAACAGCAUUCCAAGUGGCAGCUCUGCCAAAAGACGGUGCCAUCGAGAUAGAGGCAAUAGCGGUGAUCGGUGAAAUGAUUGAUCUGAACCCAUAG